AUGGCCACACCCUGGACCUUAUCUGUUCAACCGGCCUGGAAACAUCCCCCCUCCUGCCACGAUCUCCAUAUCUCUGAUCACUUACUUAUCAAAACAGUUAUAACCCUCCCCGACCCACCCACCAGACUCAAACGAACCAUCAACUUCCGGAACCUCAAAUCAAUCAGCCCAUCUGCCCUCACCGCCGCUCUCUCUCUCAACCUCACCACAUCACCCCCACAAGCGUCCGAUAACCCCUCUGAUCUUGUCACCUACUACAACCAGACUCUCUCCUCCUGUCUGAACCUACUUGCCCCUGUAAAAAGCAAAUCCGUCACAUUCGCCCGCUCUGCUCCUUGGUACACCCCAGCACUCCACCAGCUGAAACAAAAAAAACGCCAACUUGAAAGACUCUACAGGAAAACCGGACUCACAAUUCACCUCCAGCUCUAUAGAGAUCACCUCCAUCAGUACAAAGCCACCCUCAACUCCGCCCGCUCAGCAUACUACUCCAACAUCAUUCACUCUGGCUCCAGCAACCCCAGGACCCUGUUCUCCACCAUCAACUCACUUCUGGCACCACAUGACAACAGCACUUCAACCUUCACACCAGACAAAUGCCAGACUUUCCUUCAGUUCUUCCAGUCCAAAAUAGACAACAUCUACAACAGCCUCCAGUCCGCAACUUCCGCCCCCACACCCCACCCCAAGUCCCCCCCUUGUGCUCCCCCCACACCUCUGCUCAGCCCCUAUCCCAGUUUUCCCCCAUCUCUCAUGCCCAACUCUCCCAGUUAA